AUGCUACCAAAGCCCCCCGCCACCGCCUCCUGCCCUGCCCCGCCGUCACCAGAACUACCGCCACCAUAUAUCCCUCGCCCGCCCAAGAAGCCGCCACGCCCAUACUGCCCUCCGCCGCCUCCCUCGUCGUAUGUUUACGUGACUGGUCCGCCGGGAAAUCUUUAUCCUAUCGUCACAUCAUACUCCGGCGCCGGAAGUUUGGGCUUGGGGUUGCCGCUGCUUAUCAGUUCUGGAUUGGUGGGAGUGCUGCUGGCUUUUUGGUGA